CAGCUGUUUCAACGUAGAAAUGUUUCCGAGGAACGAUGGAAUGAUUCCAUUGAAGAGGUUUUCAACAAGUGAGAGCACCUCAAGCCUGGGAAAACGGCCCAAGCUCUCCAGAAUAUCUCCGGAGAAGUUGUUUCCGGUGAGGUCAAGCUUGAGGAGAUUUGGGAUGUCGGAGAGGGAGGAUGGAAGGGAACCCAUUAAGAGAUUCUGGGCAAGGUUUAGAUGCUGGAGAUUCCGACACGCAGAGAUCUCUUCAGGGAGAGACGAGUUGAUCGAGUUGUUGAAGAGAGAGGAGUCCCGUCUUUUGUGUCUUUCAUCGCUUCGAAGAAUGGCCGCCGAGUACAUCUACGGAGUAAUCUUUGCUGUUCUUCUAGGGUUUUAUCUGUUCUACAGUUCCCAGGGGAGGAAGAGGAGGGGGAAGGACAGAGCUUCGACCGAAAUCCGGGAUGAAAGUGUCAAGAACACCUCGAAAAGGGAAUGCAGGUGGGACAACGGAGAAGACGCCGACGUGAUUAUCGUUGGCGCCGGCGUUGCUGGUGCCGCUCUCGCUCACACGCUCGGUGAGGUUGAUGGGCGCCGAGUGCAUGUGAUUGAAAGAGACUUGGCAGAGCCUGACAGAAUUGUUGGCGAACUAUUACAGCCAGGGGGGUACCUGAAAUUGAUUGAGCUGGGCCUUGAGGAUUGCGUGGAGGAGAUUGAUGCUCAGCAAGUAUUUGGGUAUGCUCUUUAUAAGGAUGGGAAGAAUACUAGACUCGCAUAUCCGUUAGAAAAGUUCCAUUCAGAUAUUUCAGGGAGGAGCUUUCACAAUGGGCGUUUCGUACAAAGAAUGCGGGCAAAAGCUGCUUCUCUUCCCAAUGUACAAUUGGUGCAGGGAACCGUUACAUCCCUACUUGAAGAGAAUGAGACUGUUAAGGGGGUGGCGUACAAGACUAAGACUGGUGAAGAACUAAAAGUGCAUGCACCUCUCACAAUUGUAUGUGAUGGAUGUUUCUCCAAUUUGCGCCGCUCUCUUUGUGAUCCUAAGGUAGAACUUCCAUCUUAUUUUGUUGGUUUGGUCCUAGAGAACUGUCAACUUCCACAUCAAAAUCAUGGGCAUGUUAUUUUAGCAGAUCCUUCUCCCAUCUUGUUUUAUCCCAUUAGUAGUUGGGAGGUUCGCUGUUUGGUUGAUGUACCUGGACAAAAGGUGCCUUCUAUUGCUAAUGGUGAAAUGGCCAAUUAUAUGAAGACUGUAGUGGCUCCCCAGAUCCCUCCCGAGCUGUAUGAUGCCUUUAUAGCCGCAAUUGAUAAAGGAAGCAUCAGGACAAUGCCAAACAGAAGUAUGCCAGCUGCACCUCACCCUACUCCUGGGGCUCUAUUAAUGGGGGAUGCAUUCAACAUGCGUCAUCCUUUAACUGGUGGAGGAAUGACUGUUGCAUUAUCUGACAUUGUUGUGCUGAGGAAUCUUCUUAAGCCUUUGCGAGAUUUGAAUGAUGCAUCUUUACUGUGCAAGUAUCUUGAAUCUUUUUACACCUUGCGUAAGCCCGUGGCAUCUACAAUAAAUACAUUGGCAGAUGCUCUGUACAAGGUGUUUUGUGCUUCACCGGAUCAAGCAAGGAAUGAAAUGCGUCAAGCAUGUUUUGAUUAUUUAAGCCUUGGAGGUGUUUGCUCAACAGGACCAGUUGCUUUACUUUCUGGUCUAAACCCUCGUCCAUUGAGCUUGGUUCUUCAUUUCUUUGCUGUUGCAAUAUAUGGUGUUGGCCGCUUAAUACUUCCAUUUCCUUCGCCCAAACGUCUUUGGAUUGGAGCUAGAUUGAUUUCAGGAGCAUCGGGUAUCAUUUUCCCUAUUAUAAAGGCUGAAGGUGUUAGGCAGAUGUUUUUCCCUGCAACAGUUCCGGCGUAUUACCGGGCUCCUCCUCUUAAGUGAAUGUAAAACAAAACAGU